GAGAAAAUAACUAUGUGCAACGCUACGAGGUUUUCAUCAAAAAGUGUUGUGUAGUCGUUGGUUUUAUACAACGAAGCUGGAAACACUUUAUCCGUCAAGAGUCCUCUCGCGUUCUAUGUUUUUCUUUCAUUGCCAUUCUUGGUCUACCUUAUAGAGAAUUUAUCAAACUGAAACCCUGUCCAAAUGACUCUUGACUAUCACAUAAGCGAUUUUAGAACUGAUGUGGAUAAAAGCAUCUACGAGCAAACACGAGAAGAGAAAAAAUUCUUUGACAAAGUCCUUGGCCUUCGCAGCAGUAUAAGUGAUGAGGCUGGAUUAGAAUCCAUGGACCUGCAUCAUUUAGAAGAUGACCAAACAGUUCCUUCUAAACUGACUGAUCUUCCGUUCUCUCUGAUGGCUUCUCCGGGCAGUGCUUUUCAUAUAGAAACUGCUGACCACUGCCUAGAUCUACCUCGGGCUCCACCUCCCAGCUAUGAGGAACAUAAAAUCAUUUCUAAAUUUCAUCACCAAGAACUUUCUCAUGAAGAUCAGGCAGCACGCUGGGAAGAUAUUCAAGAUAUAAUUAGAAGGGAAUCAUCCACCUUGACAACUUUAAGUUCGGUGUCUUCUUUUUCCUCGUCUGUUAAAAGCGAGAAUAGACCCGGUCUGGACUGCCAAAUCCAGUCCUGGUCAAGUGGACAAUCAGUGCCAGAAGUACCAAGCAAUUCAGGUUCCAACUGCAGUAUUGCUCAGACACCAGAAUGGUAUUCAAACAGUGUACAAGAGACAGUCUGCUACAUGUCACUGGAAUCUAUCAUGCCAUCAGCAAGAAGCACCAAUUCUUCGCCUGCAUCCACAACGGGUUCUUUUGCACCAACUUACAACAGUUACCCACCUUCGAUGGCAUCUAACCCGAGCUUCUUUGACCCCACUAGCACAUCAAGAUGUACUCCAUCACCAUCUUACGAAAAUAACAAUGUAAGCAAUGUCAACAACAACCACAACAGCAACCAUACCAACAACAUUCUCAGCGGCAGCAACAACUGCAGCCAAACCAACAACACAGUAAUAAACAAGAAACAAAGAUCGUGUAAGAAAAUUUCUGAAGAAAGUCCUGACAAGAUCUGUGGCAUGACGUUCCAACAAUUGAUGUCACAUAUUCCAGAGUCUGGACAUAUUCAGUUGUGGCAAUUCCUAAUUAAGCUUCUGUGUGACAAAACAAACAGUAAUUGCAUUCGUUGGGAAGGAGAUGAAGGCCAUUUCACUAUUCUGAACCAAGAAGAGUUAGCUAAGCGAUGGGGUGAACGUAAGCGACGCAAACAGAUGACUUAUGAGAAGCUCUCCCGCGCAAUUCGGUAUUAUUACGAUAAAAACUAUGUACAUAAAAUCCAUGGAAAGAAAGCAACUUACAAAUUCAAUUUUGAUGAGUUGCUGAAAUCAUCGAGCCGUUCAAACCAUCAGUCAAAGAAUAAGGAAACUGAUGAAUCAACAGCCAUGGUUCAGCCGUAUGAUAUUUCGGGUUACCCUGCCACGAUGCCUGUAACACCAGCCUCUUCAUCGUCUCCUUCUUCAUCGAUGCAAAGCACUUCAUCAGGUAUAGUUUUCAAUAGUAAAAGACCACUGAAUACAUCCUCUCCCUAUGGCUCUGAGCUACCUGAGUAUUCACCACCUCUGCAGACCAGUAAGAAACAAAAAUUAUCCUAUAUUCCAAGUAUGUCGCAGCCUUGUUACAGCCUGGAGCAACACUUCAAUCAGAAUGCUUCCUAUCUAGAUGUAUCAAGCCUUUUCAAUGAAGAGAAUACACAAACAUACUAUUGACUGGGAACCUGAAAAUGAACUUUGGCUAAUGAAUUCUGGAAACUUGUAACUCACUACCAGUAUGUCUUUUUGAUAUGGAAUACUGGUUUAAAGGGCUGGAGGUUAUAGCCAGCUAUGGUGAAAACAAAAAUAUGAAGAAAGGAAUUGUGAUGUAUGCAAGAAAGUAGAACUUUUCCUGAUAUCCAGCUGUGAAUAGUAUAAAGUAUAUGCUAUUUACUUUGCUCAAUGAAAACCUCUUAUUUCAUUUCUGAUUUUCAUCAAGUCAUUAAUGAAAUAAGCUUGGUGAGUUAAAAAAGCAUCUGACUUUUGUUGGACAUUUCGAAGAGUACUAUUAUAUCAAUGUUGUAAGUUCAAACACUGCCAUACAUUUUUCUUGUAAAAGAGUUUGUUUGUAAACCAAUAGAAAAAUGGUUGUUAUAAAAUGAUUUAUUGGGAGGAAAGAAUUUAAAAAAAAAAAAAAAAAAGGAAACCAUGUAAACUAUUUUUAGAUAACCUAAAAAUUGUUUACUUAAGGAAGAUAAGCAUACACUGCUGAGUAUCAUUGUAUAAGUGUAUUUAUGUUCAGAAAGUUCAUAUACAAUUUGAAAAUAUCAAUUUGAAUGACUCUGGACUUGUGAUAAGCAUUAUACGUUUAUUCUAUCCUGAAGACUAAGCAAACUUACUUUUUUAUCCAACACCAACAUAUUUUGCUGCCGUUUUCUAUAUUUACUAGGAAAUUGCUCACUUGAUUUUUGUAUGUUAUCUGAGAUAGAGGAGAUGGGGCGGAAACCCCAAAGAGUAACACCUAUUUUUCCAACAAAUUGUGCCUUUUGUCAAACAAAUGUUGAGCCAGAUGGCAGUGCUAUGUGUUCUGAGAUAUAAUAUCCAUGCUUUCAUGAGCACAUAUUCUAUCGAAGAUAAACCAGUUGUUUUUCUGUUUCACUACAUGCCACUUACUGAAAAUUUGAAGCUGACAGUUAUGUAUAUAUGACUAUAUGGGUGUUUAUAUAUGUGUGUAUGAAUGCGUCUAUUUGUAUAUUUGUGUUUUUUUUAUGGUUAAGUGUAUUUAUAUGCAUUUAUUUUUUUAUACCGUUGUAUGUCUAAUGUUUAUUCUCUUAUAAGAUUGUAUCUGUGUCAAGAAAAAAAGAUUAUUGGUUAAUGUUUUUAUAUUUUCAUGAUAAAAUAAUAAUUAACUGUUGAAAGUUUCAACAAAUUCCGAUUUAUUUAAAGAAAGUAAAAUUGAAAAAAAAAAAAAUAUGAGUCAUUUUUAUUAUUUUUUUAAUUAAAUGUUGUCCAUGUUGGAUUGUUUAUGCCAGCUGUAGGUUAAUUAAUUCCUGCUUUAAUUGCAGUCAAAAAUGUAGAUACAUUAUUUGACGAUGGUAAGCAAUUAAAUAGAAACUGUUAGAUUGCUGGACGAUCAUGCUAGCAGCUGAGUUGAUUUCUUUAAUUCCACAAAUGAAAACAACUUACCAGAUAUUUAUAACAAUCUAUAUUUAUACUGACCUUAAUAUUUAUCAUGUCCAGAUCAAAUUAUCUUGUUAUAUUUGGAUAUAACAUUUGUUGCAUCCUUAAUUGCAAAGAAUGUUAGGUUUAUCCAAUAUCGUUUAAUUUAUAAUCUUUUCUUUUUUUCACUCUGUAUUUGAGCAAUGUUCUAACAGCAAGUCUUGCAGUUACUGUUAAACAUUAGUAUCUUGUUAUUCUGAAGCUGUGAUUGACCAACAAUUGUGAUGUUCUGCAAUUGUGAUAUCUCUGCUGAUUUCAUUGUUUCUUAUACAGCUUCAGCUUGAGUGAACAUAAAAAAAAGAAUAAUACAAAUAACUUUUAAUCUGCUCUCUCACAUGCAUGUGUACACACUCACACACACACAUAUAUGUCCAUGCAUAUACAUAUAUAUAUGUAUAUGUGUCUCUGUGUGUAUAUAUAUGUAUGCAUAUAUAUAUAUAUAUAUAUAUAUAUAUAUACACAUAUAUAUAUGUAUACAUAUAUGCAUACAUAUGUAAGUAUAUAUAUAUCUGUGUGUGUGUGUAUAUAUACAUAUAUGUAUCUAUAUAUACAUGUAUAUACACACACACACAUACAUACAUACAUGUAUAUAUGUGCGUGUGUAUAUAUAUAUAUAUAUAUAUAUAUGUGUGUGUGUGUGUGUGUAUACAUAUGUAUAUACAUAAGUAUAUAUGUAUAUGUACAUUUGUGUAUAUGUAUAUAUAUUUAUAUAUACAUCUGUAUAUAUGUAUACAUAUGUGUGUCUAUAUAUAUAUAUAUAUACACAUACACACACACACGCACAGUAUAUAUUCAUUAUGCACACAUACAUACACACACACAUUUCUUCUCUGUGCCUGCAUGUUAUUCAAUCGUCUUCCUACAUUUGAUCUCGGCUAAACAUUCAACAUGCUGGAAAAGACAACUGUGAGAAAAGAAAAAAAUCAGCAACAAAAAUAACUAUUUUAAAUGAACAGCAAAAAAAAAAAAAAAACAACCAUUUUGGGAAAUUUGAUUUUGUAUAAAAAUACCAUUGUAUUUUAUAUAUUUCCAUUUUUUGUAUCAUGUGAUGUCAAAAAUAUUUUCCUUUCAUUUGAAAUGGAUAAAUUAUAAAAAAUGGAUUGAAAAAAAAUCAAUACUUGGGGAAAAUUAUAAAAUAUUUUUGUAUAUAAAUCAUUGUAUAAAGAAGAAAAUCCCAGAACAAUCAAAAUUAUUAUAGAAAAACCUUCUUUAAAGAAUAAAUAAGCAAUAAAGAAUAAAAAAGUAAUAAAAUUCA